AUGACCACAGUAUUCAUAACAGGAGCCAGCGGCUACAUCGGCGGCGACCUUCUAUCAGUACUUGUAUCCAAGUACCCAGACCUGCACUACCGCUUACUGGUCCGAAGCCGCGAUAGUGGGCAGAAGAUCAAGGCACAAUAUCCUACUGUCGAGAUUAUUCAAGGCGAUCUUGAUAAUCCAGAGACGCUGGCAGCAGAAAGUGCUAGGGCCGAUAUCAUCAUCCCGGCCAAGGCAAUAGCUCAGGGUGCUCUAGAAGGGCAUACCGAAGAACGCCCUGUCUAUUGGUUGCAUACCAGUGGUGCCGGGAUCUUCUCGUUCUCAGACACUGAAAACAAGGUAUAUGGAGAGAAAGGCGAGAAGAUCUAUGAUGAUGUGCAAGACAUCCAAGAGAUCAUCAAUUUCCCUGACCAUGCGUUCCACCGAGAUGUGGAUAAAGCGGUGUUGGAGGCUGGAUCGGUGCGUCCAGGUGUCCUGAAGACUGCUAUCGUAUCCCCGGUUACUGUUUACGGUCGUGGCCGAGGACCCUGCUCCCAACGCAGCAGACAGAUAUACGAGCUAGCCAAACUGACCAUCCAACGCCAGAAAGUUCCCAUCAUCGGCCGGGGCCUUUCAUUCGCGACCGAUAUUCACAUUCAAGAUCUGACUAGUUUAUAUGUCAUUCUUUUCGAAAAGGCCCUUUCAAAACAAGAUGAUGGGCUUUGGGGUCCGGAGGCAUACUACCUCAGUGAGAAUGGGGAGCAUUGCUGGGGUGAGCUGGCCCGUUCAAUUGGACAGAUCUGUGUAGCGGAAGGAUUCAUCCCAAACGCCGAAGAGGAGGCUUUUGGCUUCGAGGACGCUCGGAAAUGGGCAGGCUAUGAGGCUGCUAGUUGGGGGCUCAAUGUACGAUGUCGGGCCAGUCGUGCUCGUCAAUUGCUGGGGUGGCAGCCGUCUGCGCCAUCGCUGGAAUCCGAGCUUCGGGAUAUCGUGAAAGGGGAAUAUCGCCGUCUGCAGGAGGCGGAAAGCAGUGCAUGA